CCACCACCACCACCACCUCUCCUCAACGCAACAAUGGCCUGCUCCUGCACCAACAACUGCUCCUCCUGCUCGACCGGCUCCUGCAAGUGCCCCUCUGGCCAGUGCGUCUGCGGCCCCUGCGCCAACAAGGCCCACUCCUCGAGCUGUUCUUGCAACGGUUCCGGUUCCGGCUGCAACUGCGCUACCAAGGGCAACUGCGCGUGCUAAGUGCCUCGUCGUGUGACCGUGUAUCAUGUACGAAUAUGACCGAGGGAGGCUUGUAUCACUGGCAUGUAGGACGUUGAGAUCGACAUUGGCAACGCCGUGCUUCUGGGAAUGAAUAUAUCAUGUUUUGUAACAGCG